GUCAGUUUGUAGCUGACGUCGGCGAAAUGAAAUCAGCUUGAUGCAGCCUUCCUCGCAGAAUGGAAGUAGCCGUGGAGGUGAUACGGACUAAACUCGCCUGACUUUUCCCCCCAGGAUACUGAACUCCCGAUUUUGUUUUUUGUUUCUUUUUUUUGUUUUUUGAGUGCAAGGCGACAGUUACAACGAAGCCGUCCUCUGUGGCUGCUCAUCCGUUUGUCCCCCCGCAUGGACGAUGAGGAGGAUGAUGUGUUCGAGCCAGACCCCCACUGCUGGCGCACAACAUUCCGGGAGAUAAAGUGUGAGGACCGGGGCACACAGACACCUGGCCCUGCCCUGGCACCGUACAACGGCAUGCUGCCUUGUGGAGUCGCAGAGGAGCCCAGACCACUCUUCUACGGCAACGCAGGUUUUCGAUUGCACUUCCCAGCACACUUUGAGCUUGUCGGAGAUCAGGAAGCGAGGCGACGAGACAGCGGAGGGGAGCAAAGAGGGAUGGAGCAGCUUCCCCGGCCGCAACCUGUGGCACGCAGUGUGGAGGCCUGCAUCGGCCAGAAACUCCAGCUGAUAGGAGACCAGUUUCACCGGGAACACCUACAACUGUAUCAUCGAAACCAAAGGAACCAGGGGCCGCUGUGGUGGCGCCUAGGCGCAGCUCUGCUCAACCUUCUGUUUGACAGGGGGUUCAUCGCUGGAGGAGGUGGAGCGGGACGGAGGUGAGGGGGGUCUUUGCCUCACAUCCCGUUUUCUUCAUCUCUCUGAGGAACUGGACUCCUAAUGGCACUGUCAAAUCUAACACGGGUCUGUUUUGGGGGGGAAGAAGAAAGGAGACUAAAAGUCACCGCGGGACGGGGACAACCAACUUUUAUACAAGGUCAUGUGUGUUUUUUUUUCUUUCCAAGAAGAUGCCAUGAUGCUCCGAGAUUCCUCUACAGGACAAUGUUCAUAUUUUGGUAUACGUGUGGUGUAGCAGUUUUGUACAGUACAUUGUUCUCUUUCAAUUUUUUGCACUUCCAAACAUGUAUCCAUCUUUAAUGACCUCCCCAGACCCUGGGAAUGCCUUAUUCAUUGUAUUCUGCCAGAAUGAGUAUUGAGAAAUUUCGACAGGCAAGACGAGAUGGUUAGGAAAAUGAAAGGAAAUGUGGUGUGAGGUUUUCUUUUCUGAAGUUUCCCAGGCGACCGGACGAGUUGAAUUACUAAUUUCCAAAGAGGCAACUUCUCAGAACAAAGCAUUUUGCACCUCACCUCAAUGGAACAUCUCUUCUUAUUUUCUUUAUUUUUGCUUUUUUCUAUUUUUUUUUCUUGGUCCUCUGUUUUCUUUGGUAUGCUAUUAAUUUGUGAACACAAUCCCUCGGUAUCAUUCGAAACAUUGGGAAUAAAGCAAAGUGCACCAGCGGUUUAAAUAAGCCUUUCUUCAGUCACGUGCUACAUGUCGAACAAUCAGAACAUUUUGAUGGGAACUAUCAGGGCCAAGUGUACACUAGUACCGAACAUCAGUGACGGGUCAAACAAGCUACGUGACUGUCUACAAAUGUGUACAGCAGCAUUCAGUCAGAUUGCAAACAAGCACUGGGUGCUGUUACUGAAACUGAAACCUUAUUGAAAAAGAAACUGUUAACUAUAUUAUAAAAGUAUUAUGUUAAUUGGCAAAACCAUAGAAUAUCUGCAGCAAACAAUCUAACAGCUGGAAAUGCACAAACAACAGUGGAAUAAGUCAGCUGAGUCAGUAUUUUAACACACUGCAUUUGAACACCUUGGCUGGAUGUUGUCUGAGAUGUAGCACACUGAAGAAGGGCUGGGAAAGAAACUCCACAAGAUGCAUGAGAAGAUAUUAAGAUUAAUGAGGUGUUGUGCUAACUUUUGCAUGGAGGUCGAGCACCUGUGCACUAGAGUCUAACAUUACAGUAAAGCAUCCUUUACCUUGAAAAAAAACCCAAACUAUUUGGCCAAGUCUGCCGUUUUAAAUUUCAGCGUGAACACCAGACUCUCCCUCCCCAGUUUAAAUUUGUCCCCAAAUUCGUCCCCCAAAUUCCAGUCCUCCCUGUGUUUUAGAUGUGUUUGUGUCAUGUGAUUGUUUUCAGACCUCCAUGCCCUUGAAGUGGAACUGUGGAUCCACUGUUUUUGCACUAGACGUACACCCUUCGAGAGUUCAGAUUGUUACCAGGCUAACCUCUGUCUUGUAUGAAGGUUUUCAGUUAUGACUUGUUUUCUUGCCACAACAUUUCACUCUUGCGUCCGAGACAAAUAAUCAAUGUUGAGACCUGACUGAACUGAACAGCCUGAAAUCAGGAUCGGAUAUGUUUUUUUUCUGCAAAAUCUCACACACACCAGUGUUUCGGACCACAAUUAGUGCCGCGUGCCUCCAUUGCAAGGUUCACGUUCCUGGUUUGUUUGUUUUUUCGCCGCCCCUGUGUGUUCUGAACACCAAACAACACUGCAUAAUCAAUCUGUGAAACAGAUCUUCUCAGGCUACUUUUAUGGGGUUUUACAUCAUUUUAUAAUCUAUUGGGUGGUCUCGUGUUGUUUUUGGUGCUCAGUUCCAGAUCUGGGACAGUUUUAGUACGCCACCACUGACUCAAAUGACAAACAGACAAAAGAGGAAAUGACUGUAAUUAUUGUUGAAAUAUGAAUAUGUUUAAAGACACUGUUGAAGAUGCUGUUUGUUAUAUUCUCCAUUGCUGAAUUCAGGCCAACCUUUGGACCCAAGGAGCAGUACAUAUCAGGGGUCUGUAAUUACUCGCUCCUUACAAUGUGUCAAGUUUAUCACUGCAUAAUUAGGGUUUCCUCUCAUUUUCUUAAGGAUGUCUCAGGGACAGACUGUGUGGGCUACUGGUAACCUUGAGAAUCUGUUACAUGGUUAGAAGGCAAGCAGUGUUUUUAUGACGAAACCUCUCGAGGUGUUUUUCAAGUCUCUUUCUUUUCAUUUCAGUUUAAAACAAAAGAAAAAAACCCCUCUUGGCUGAUUUCUUUGCACACAUAAAGGUACAGUUUGACUAAGGAGUCUGAGGCGGACUUGCUGACUGUGGUGGUGACGGGGGGCUGCUGAACAUGUAGUAGUAGGCGCGUGAGGUGCACUGAAUGUGGUUGUGGUCAUAGUUUCCUGCGGAUCCUGAACGCUGAGCCAGUCCCCGUAGCGCCCCGUCUCACCAUUGACUCUAGGUUCCCCCUUUGCGUUGCUCCUUUAUAACAUGGGUAUUGUUCAUUGGUUCAUUUUUUUUCCCUUUGUAAUUUAUUUUUUACCCUCUUAUUUAUUUUUGUACAUUUGCCCAUUUCUACUGUAUACACUUGUGUGUGCAAUUUUCUUUUUUUUUUCCUCCCAUUUUUUUCUUUUUGGUCUUUGUUUUUUGACUUCUGUUGGUUUUUCCUCAUGUGAUACUCAACCCAAACUCUCCUUUUUUAGUGUCAUUUAUCUCCCGUAGGCUGUGAAAAGUUUGAAGUUUGGACCUUUAUGAAGGAAAACACCUGUGGUCAGUCUGAAUCGAUGUGGGUUACAAUGGAUUUCUAUGGUGGCAUGUUUGCGCAGCGCAAUUACACGUUCCACAUGGUCAUUGUUGCACCAGAAUUCAGUACUCAUGUCAAAUCUUCACAGCUUCAAGGAGAACUGUUGUGUAGAGGUAGUAGAGUGUCCAUCCAUAAAUCCAUAUAACCAUUUGGAGAGUAUUGAGCACACAGGUAGACCGCAGAGCAGUGGAGUCGAGCUUACAUGUGUUUGAUACUCGGAAAAUAGAUCUUGGGUGGAGUUAAAAACACUUUAAAAGGUGGUGAUUUUCCAGGGAUGGGCCUAACCAUUUCAGACCUUUUUCAUUAUCUUUCACCCGCCACUGUGGGUAGUUUCACAAUAUGUGGCUGAGAAAAAAGCAGCAGCUUCGAUGAAGUUUAACCUUUCAACAGGAUAUGACCUUUCCUAUUUCUAAUUAAUGAGUCAUUACCCAUCCAAACUGUUACUAAAGAUACACAUGACAUCAGAAACGCUUCACGCAGCAAAGAGAAAAAAAAAGGUAGCCUUCGUAUUCUUCUCAAGUCACGCGUUCAGUUCUUAAACCUUGAUCAUUGUGUUGUAAUCAAUAUGCACUGGAAAGUACUUUGUUUCUGUAGAUCCCAUGGGUCCCUUAUAUGUCGUGUGUUCAUGUAUAGUAUAUACUCUGGAUUGUUCUCUCGGGCUAAUCUUGCCACGUGUCAGACAUCUAUCUGCGCACCGACCAAGUGCGCUCGGAUCGAUGGUCUGUUUGAUUUAUUGGAAAGGGAAACAAGCCACCAUGGUGCCCUGUAUAAUUUUGUUAGAAUGAGGUUCCCAGGCUGCACUCAUCAUGUUAUAUGUGAGUGUGGAGAAUCCCUAGAGUGGGACAUGUAUUUUAUGGAAACCGUCAGUGUCUUGAAUUUUGUAGUCCACUUUAUAUAAAUUUGAAGUUUUUCAAGGAAGGUUUCAAUUUUGAUUUUUUUUUUUUUUUUUUUAAACAAUAACAUUUCUUCUUCAUGGUCUUUCUUAACUUUUUAAAAUGUAUUUUCUUAAGAAAAAAGGGGUCUGCUUUUACAGUUCGUGCUUGUAAAAUAAUUUUAACACGAGUAGGAUCCUGUUGAAGUCCAUGAGAUCAAGGGCAUUUUUUUGUUUUUUACCAUAAAAAUGAACUUGCAACAUUCCUUGCACAUGUCAUCACGGUGUAUAAACAAAAACCAAGCAAACCAAAAUGAUAAACGGUUGUGGUUGAUUUGGCCCAUGAGCUUAUGGCUAAGGAAUAUUUGCCCUUUCUUUACAGAACAGAUAAAGUGUACAUGUAUUUGUAAAACCCUGGAAUAUGCCUUUAACUGCUCAGUUUCAACAAAGUCUUGAUUAUCACACACUCUCUGUUGUACCAAGAAAUGAGACCCAGCGAAAAUGUAGCAUUUUUGUAAACAUUGACUGUGUGUUUUCGAGACUCUACUGUGCACUCAUUUUUGUGUUUAUAUAUAUUUUUUGGUUGUUGAUAUAAUAUGGAAGUAAAGACAAUUUGUUAUGUAGUGCAAUAUGCUGUACAUAUGGAGCUUUGCUCUACAAAUCUUUUUUUCUGGAUUCCUUGUUGUUUAUUGGUACUUUUUUUUCAAUAAAAUUUUAUUGAAGGUG